UCCGAAUAACCAUUAAAAUGGCGGAUAACAGACUAGACACGCAAAUCGAAAAGCUAACUCAGGCGAUAAAAUUAACGCAAAAACUUCGAGCCAGUGUUACAAAAGUGUUCACAGAUCUUUCAGAUGGUUUUCAGGCACCAAAGGGAGAUGAAAAAGCUCUCCUUAACAAGUUACAGAAGUCUCUCACGGCCGUAAAUGACAAUUUAGGAGAUUUAGAAAAACUGGCCCCCAACAUUCACAGCACGACAAACAUUCCUCCCCUCCUACUGAAUAGCGUGGGGCUUCUAGGACUCGACCCAGCCACAGACAAAUCAGGAAUCACAACCCAGCUACACCACACCCAUAAAUGGACCAACAAGGUACAUAAGCUUGGUGAUUACACAGCCCAGUUUUUAGGCACCAAUCAGCUAAAGAGGACCAACCAGGGCCCCGCAGGACAGGCUAAACGCCUGAGGCGGCCGGAACCAACCAUCCACAGAAUACCAGAAAACAUAAACAUCCAACAGCUGGUAGCGUCAGUAGAUAGAGCCUAUGCAGACAUGUCGGUGUCACUUAUAAGGCCGAUGGGAAACAGCACAGUUCUACAGAUAACCUUGGCUAAGACCCUGAAGGCGGUGAUUGUGUUGCGGGGACUGCUGAUAGAGUACGUGUCAAUCAAAGCCUACAGCGAGGACUUCCUGACAGAUGAUGGGCGGCCAGACAUUUGGUCCAAGUCGAAAUACCAAGUAUUCAAUAAGGUGACAGAUUUAGUUACGGCCGGCACCAUCCAUUUCUACCAUCCUCAGCUACCUGAUGCUAGUCUAAAAUCCUUCCUGAUUUGGUUAAACAAUUACAAGACUCUGUUCUCUGCCCCUUGUUCUAAGUGUGGUAAGUACUUGCAGGGAUUCCUACCCCCCAUCUGGAGGGACACUCGCUCCUCCCAGCCUCUACACGAUGGCUGUCGGCAGUGACCAGGGAGAGGCAUCUAAAGCAGGGUCUAGUGUUAUACAGCUUCACUCUCCUCAUUUAUUCUGAGGUCUCAACAGGAAUACAAUGAUGUGUACAGAUACUGGAAUGUGCAGGUGCCAAACACUUUGAGCUCAAUUCCCAACUGACUGAAAUGCGAUGGAUUUCGAAUUGCUGUGUGUAAGACAAGGUUGUGCUAAAUACAAGAUUGGCUGAAAGACAAAUGCUGUGUAAAUUACAAGGUAGUGCCAGAGUUAUAGACCUUUAGGUGAGAGCCAGACCAUGGUGCCAGAGAAUAUUCAACACUGAAUGCUCCUACUCCACACUGACAGGUGUGAGAGAGUAGCUCAGUUCAAGAUUUACACGACUUGGUCAAUGUUGUUACGUGUGCUUGUUAAUGUGCAAUAUAACGGGAAAAUAAAGAAUGAAAUAAAUCUGGAAGGACUUUU